AAAUUUGUAAUGAUUUUAAAUUCUAUUUUUUUCAGAAAACAUGUAGGUGGAAAAUUUCAAAUCUGAAAGCCAAGAAAAGAUGUCACGGAAUAGUGAUGAACCUGGUGCACAGCUUCAGAAGUUAUGUGAGCUAGUUCUAACCAGGGCAGGAGGAAACACUGAAUUAAUCAACAAACAUUAUAGAUCUGGUUUAGCACUACUGGCGAGCAUGCAGCAAAGUAAAUCUAUAUCAAGAGAGGAAAAUACAGGAGACAGGAUUGUCAAGCAGCUGUUCAGAGAUGGGCGGCAGAAUGAUGCAGUGCGUAUGUCCGAACUUCUUGAUAAUCUACGCAAAUGCAAGAUUUUACGUAACCUACCCAGCAUUCUGUCAUUUCUUAGCAGUGCAGGGGAACGUAAGGAUACGCAAAUUUACGCAUUUUCUACCCCAUUAACGCAGUCCUAUAAUCCCAGUAGAUCCAGUGGUUUCUCCUCUCUGUCCUCUAUACAGCCUCCAACAUCCAGCUCAGCACCUCUACACAGCUCCAGUAACACCCUUCACCAAUCUUCCAACCUUCUUCAUCUAUCCUCAAAUCUUUCCCUAGUGCAGUCUACAAACCGAAGCAGUAAAUAUGCUGAUUCUUAUCAUCCGCCUGUACCACCUAAACCUAGGUCCCGACCAAACUCAGUGUUGAUGAAUGGAACCGAGGUGGACGGAUUAGCCAAAAUUGCAUCAUCCCAGUCCCAGCCUAAUCUGUACGCUAUAGGGGCUGGACGUGUCCCGGGUGUAUCUCAGACUAUACCUGGAGUAGUCCCUGGUCCAACCCAAACCUCGGAGCUGGAACUAGUUCGGGAACUGGUUUACGUUUUUCAGGUAGAUAUACACUGUCUCUCCAUUCUGAAGAUUUAA